AUGCAGGAUCGUUCCAUCAGAUCUAAAAAUGUAAUCUUGUACAAUGUACCAGAGAGUUCAGCCGAUGACUCGAAACUCCGUGUUAUGCAAGAUAAGGAACAUGUUAGAGCGGGCUUAACGCCACUACAGAGGGAUCAGAUAAGGAAAGCACAUGAAGAGCUUGACGUACGUUCUGUUGGUGAGCCAGGUUUACAUGUACAGUAUGCUAAAGGGGAAGAAUACUUCAAGCCCAAAAAACUACAGGCUGUCAAGAAAUACUGUAUAUAUGAUGUUAUUAUACUGGUGGAGUCGUGGCUUAACGAGGACUACUUGGAUUCAGAACUAGGUUUUAGUGACAUUAUUAUCUUCAGGCAAGAUCGUAGUCAGGGAAAUACUGGUUGCAGGACAGGGGGUGGGACCCUUAUUGCAGUUCGUAGACAGUUAAAGGCACACGUGUUUCAUGGGAAUUCUGGCCGAUCAACAGCAUGGAUUUGUACAGAGUCGAUCUACCGUAACAAAUUUACUUACCUACCAACAAUUUUAUUGAACGCCUUUGACGAGUUUGGUCAGGUGGAUUGUGUCUGCACGGAUUUCUCGAAGACUUUUCACCGGGUGGGUCAUGUGCAUCUUGUCUCUAAGCUUAGAGCUAUGGGCCUGGGGGAUGGGCUAGUGCAAUGGAUUCAGUGUCUUCUAUCUGGUCGUACUCAGUUUUUUAGUAUUAAUAAUUAUGUCUCAGGUAAAAUUAAUAUUUGUUCAAGAGUCUCCCAAGGUUCCCAUAUGGAAUCCAUCCUUUUUAACUUGUUUAUAAAUGAUAUUGUUAGUGUAGUUUCGGAAUCGCAGUGUCUUUUGUUUGCGGAUGAUUUGAAGAUAUUCAGGAGGGUUGGAUCGAGCGAGGAUGCUCUGCUACGUCAGAGGGACGUGGACAGUGUUUGCAUGUGGUCUAAGAUUAAUAGCCUCACUUACAAUGUAAAGAAAUGCUGUAGUAUUAGAUUUAGUCGUUCGUUGAGUAUGGUUCACAGAAAAUAUAGCAUUGAUAGAGUCAAGAUCGAGGCCGCCGCUAGUAUUAAAGAUUUAGGUGUUUGCUUCGAUUCUAAAACUAAAUUUUGUGACAUAUUUUGCGGAAGUGCUAAACAGGUCUAUGCGAGUCCUUGGGUUUGUUGUACGCAAUAG